UGUUCGUUUACUUGGCGAGGCUUGGAGCUGAGGUCAGUUUGGAGGUGUUUAAUACCGAAGAACUGUUUAACGUUGGAAAGAGCUGUUGAACACCGGAAAGUGCUGUGUAACACUGAAGAACCGUGUAGCCCUGGAAAAGAACCGUGUGACGCUGCAGAAGUGUGUGGUAGUUAUGCCGGAGGUGUCGUCUAAAGGUGCUAUCAUUUCAAAGAAGGGCUUUAAGAAAGCUGUCGUUAAGACCCAGAAGAAGGAGGACAAAAAACGCAGGAGGACCCGUAAGGAGAGUUAUUCCAUUUAUAUCUACAAGGUGCUAAAGCAGGUCCAUCCGGACACUGGCAUCUCUUCCAAAGCCAUGAGUAUUAUGAAUUCCUUCGUCACUGAUAUCUUUGAGCGUAUAGCGAGCGAGGCAUCACGUUUGGCUCACUACAGCAAGCGCUCCACCAUCUCUUCCAGAGAGAUUCAGACAGCAGUGCGCUUGCUACUGCCGGGAGAGCUGGCUAAACAUGCCGUGUCUGAGGGCACCAAGGCUGUCACUAAGUACACCAGCUCCAAAUAAGCCUGCUAAGUAAACGUUAUUUCUAACCCAAAGGCUCUUUUCAGAGCCACUUAA